ACAUUAUCUAUUUUUUACCUAUAGGGUUCUCAUGAUUUGAUUUUUCUAAUCGUUUCUUUKUGUUGUUCAGCUCCCUGUCAAGACAAGAACAAAAACUGCAGUGCUUGGAGUAGUAACGGGAAUUAUUGUUCAACCYACAAAGAAUACAUGCAAGUCUACUGUAAAAAGAGCUGUAGAAUGUGURCAUAAACCAAAUCCCGUCGAUAGAUGAAGGAAUAAAGCAAGAAAUUAAAACCACUCCGAAGAACUUUUUCGUUGACUUAAAAUGUUAAAGUACAUAAAGCACAAGAACUUUCAUUUGAAUGGCAGUACUAUUGAUAGAAAGAAUGCUUUUAUUGUARUUUGUUUGCUUUUUGAUGUAAUUCUUGUGAAAGGUUUUUUAAUAAAAGAAUGUUGACACAAACACACAUUCCAGAAUGAAUAAUUAAGGAGCAGAACAGUUCAUUAUUCAUUACAAGCCACUCGAUUAUGACCCGUUUGGUCUUUCAUUGCGGAACCUUACUCACUUCAUACCCUUAAUAGAAUAUGGUUUUCUUUGGGCACGAUAUAUAAAACUUGCAUAUGUUAGAUACGGRUGGUUGUAACGUUGACCUUUUAAAGCUAUAUACAACUAUACGGCAAAUAUCUUGGUCACUAAACUGCAGACAAUUGGACCGGCGGCGUAGCUAGCUUUGCUUCGUACCCACCAUAGACGAUAGACCGAGAACUGCCUUGGAUGACUUGACUGAACACGAUGGAGACCCUUACUACAUGGCUAUUGUUUCGAUUUAUUCUGUURUCAGUCUCUUCAGUAUUGGUAUACACCCACGUCCAAGUUAACCAAAGAUCUAGGUGUGCAGUCAGAGACUCCAUGAAAAUCCAUCCAGAACUAGCACGCACACCUACCGCGGGAUUCUCGUUCAUGUCUACUAUUGACUCGAAGCUGAUAACCAGGUCGAGAAGCCAAGGAGACAAAGAUGCUUUUAAUGCYCUCUUUAAUGAAAAAUUCAAAUGUCACGAGAAGUAUGUUAUUCCUGUGGCAUGGCAUGUUAUUCAUUCRACAAGUGGCGAAGGAAAAGUUGCAAAGGAGACCCUUGAAAAACAAGUCAWAGUGUUGAACGAUGCUUUUGUACGAACACCGAUGAUCUUCAACAUGAGUUCAGUUGAUUACACAGCUAACGAUGCCUGGGUCAAGAACUGUCUUGCAAUGUCCCCAGAUUUCAUGCGCGCCUUGUCCCAGUCCCCAAGUAGUACUCUAAAUUUGUACACUUGUAAAUUUAGUGUUCUAGAAAGUACGAUAGGUAGUGCAGCGAUGCCCUGGUGGUACGAAGAGGAUAGUGUAUAUCAUGGUAUAGUUGUUCACCCAGACACACUACCUGGGGGUAGUUAUGCUCCUAUCAAUGAAGGAAAGAAUACGGUACAUGAGGUUGGUCACUAUUUUGGCCUUUUUCACGUUUUUGAGGGGGAAUGUAACAACAUGGAUGACGGAGUGCAUGACACACCCAGGAGUAAACCAUCGUACGGCUGUCCAUCCACAGACACAGACACCUGUCCAGAACAACCAGGAAAAGAUCCCGUCAGAAAUUAUAUGGGAUAUACGAACGAUGCCUGUAUGACAGAAUUCACAACAGGUCAAAUUGAACGCAUGAAGUGGGCCCUAGAGAAGUACAGACCAAGUCUCAUGAAGAUGCCUCAACAGCCUUGUACAAUAGACGCCAUAUUCCGCUGGUCCAAUGGGUACGUAUACUUGUUCUCAGGCUCCAACUACUACAGAUAUAACGAGUCAAGACCUGGGCUUGACCCAGGCUAUCCACGGUCCAUUACAUCUCAUUGGCCUGGUGUGCCGUCCGACAUAGAUGGAGUCUUUAGAUACGGUAAUGGAAUAACCUAUUUUUUCAAGGGCAAGUACUAUUUUCGCUAYAACGAUACGAGCAGCCGAGUCGACCCCGGGUUUCCUCGGCUUAUCAACGAUUUUUGGCGAGGCGUUCCUUCGGAUAUUGAUGACGUCAUUAGCUCAGCCAAUAGUUACACGUACUUUUUCAAAGGUUCGCAAUACUAUCGAUUUAACCCUAAAACUCGUCACGUGGAUGAAGGGUACCCCAAAGCCAUAAGCGAUUACUGGGUAGAUGUACCCAAGGAUAUCGAAGCUGCCAUCUCCUGGUACAAUGGAGGGGUGUAUUUCUUCAAGGAUGCUCAGUUCUGGUUCUUCCUUCACGGUAACAAAGCAGUGGGAGUACCUCAUGGGUACCCUAAACCAGUCAGGGAAUGGUGGCAAGGGACAAUGGAACUGUCUUGGUACACUCUAUUCAGGCACUGUAAUGGCUUCACCUACUUCUUCCAAGGAAACCAAUACUGGAGAUUCAACGACAACCUUUACCAUGUCGACUUUCAAUAUCCCAAGCCCAUCACGUCAUCCUGGACAGGGCUACCGACAAAUAUAGAUACUGGAUUCAUGUGGAGUAAUAAGAGAAUGUACUUCUUCAAGGGGACCAAGUACUUUCGUUUUAAUGUAACCGCUGGCGAGCUGGAUCUUGGAUAUCCAAAACCUAUAGUAUAUUUUUGGAAAGGCGUUCCUCAUGGUUUAGAUGCUGUUUUCAGAUAUGUAAAUGGCAUAACAUACUUCUUCAAGGGGUCUGAAUAUUACAGGUUUAACGACACGACCUUCCAGAUCGACCAAGGUUAUCCACGACCCAUUGGCAACUUCUGGAAAGGUAUACCAGACAAUAUUGACUCAGUAUUYGUGUGGAGUAACGGACACACCUACUUCUUCAAGGGAAGCCUGUAUUACCGGUUUAACUGUGAAACCAAACAGGUUGAUCAAGGUUAUCCCAAGUCAAUUUCUCGCUGGCGAGGAAUGCUUUACCAGCCUUAACAAACCAGAAACAUGUACUUAUAUUGUAUCAAGCUCGAAAAAGGCGAGAUAGUAGAAGUACAACUAACAUAUAGGGAAACAGAAAAGGUUUGGUCUGUUACAAGAAUUGCCUUAUAUCACCAUCACAGCUAGACUGAUUCCAUAAGUCGUAGUUUUCGCUCGUUUUUGGGUUGUGGUCGAUCGACAAAAGAGCGAAAACACCGACUUAUGGAGUAAGUCUAAAUUAUAGCUUGUUUAUAAGGGGCGAAGAAUAAUAAGAAUUUUGUCUAGAUUCACUCUGCAGCUGAAUUGUAAGCACUAUGUCUGGUUUACKAACAUUUUAUAAACCGGUACUUUAUCCUACAAUAUAUAUUUAGUAUUUGGUGCCUAUUUCUAACUAGUUUCAAAAACACAUUUUUUUUUGUAAUUUAUUUUUUGAGUCGUUAAUGUUUACUUUUGUUCCCCAACCACGACCAUGAAUCUUAGCGGUACAACAAAAGAUCGACCAAUAGAUCUAUAACUCUGACGAAGACUACAGGACUUGUUCAACAUUUAUUUUUAUUUUAAGUUAUUCUCAAAUCAGUUUUAAAACCUUUGCUUCACUCAAAACGAAAGAUAGUUUUCGUGUCUUUUCGUAGUGUUAUAGGGCAAUUGUAUUCAGUAAGAACAUGAAUAAGAGUAUCGUCCAUUAGAAACUUGAUCACUCGAGGAAUCCAGUAAGCUUCAAAAACAGCGAGUUUAAUAAUAUCCAUGAUAAACAGUACAAUGUUUAUUAAAUUAGCAAUAGCUGGACAGACGCCUUAACCGGCCACACAUAAAAAUAAUCUAGACACACUUCAGAUUAAGAAAAAUGCAAAAGUUAUUGAUAACAACUUAGUGGGAGUGUAAGCCACCUUCGUCUGAGGAGUACUGAUGGCUUUUAAGUGGCCUGGGAUAAACCCGUCGAUUUGAAUGAAAUAAACUAGAGCAGUUUUCGUAUAACUAUUAAAAAAUUGGCAGCACGUACACGGCCGUGACAAGGCAAAGCAUACGCCGGACCAAUCACGUUGCGCGCGAAAUUACUCUCCAUCCAAUCAAAUUGCCCGAAACACGGAAUGAACGAGAGCGAGAAAAAAAAUCAUACAAACUGAAAAUUCUAGAAAAAAUCACGGUCUCGGCAAGACACGUAUACGACACCAAGCUUUUCACAGUCAUACGAAAACUGCUCUACAGCAUUACGUUAGCACACCAUGAUUAAAUAUUAAGAUUCACUAAACACCGUCAGAACAUAUUAGCCUAUGAAUAGAUUCUUCUUCCGGUCACUGUCUUCGGCACUCGAGGGAGUAGGGAGAGGCCUGGUGAGAAGUGAUUGAUCUACUAAGGGGGGAGGGGAAAGUCUAGUUUUUACUGCAUGUACUUGUCGCCUUUCUCUGCUAGCAGUUUAGCAGACGAUUUGGCAUCAUAGAACAAUUCGUUUAUCUCUUCCACAUCUUGUUUACUGAUGCAAUCACGACCUGAGUGGACCAAGCAGCAACAACAUUAUUAGAAUGAUCUCAGUACUYCAAACAAAUACCAAUGAUAAACCUUUACAGCUUUCCCUAUUUCAGACCAYGUGUCAUUCCCUAGAGUAUSAUUUCUUUGUUUAACGGUUACGCAUGAGAAYACAAURAAUCUAAUAUUCAAACAAAGAAUCUUGAUCUCUAUAUAAAACCACACGUGGUCUGAAAUGGGAAAACAUCGCAGUCAAGGUAAAAAGGUUUAUAAUGUGACUGAAGCAAGGUAAAGUUUUGUCCAGAACGAGAURCGAACUAAAUUUGAGAAUUUACUUAGAAAAAAGAUCAAUGUACGUUUCCAUGCAUUUACCGUUGAUUCGUGCCAAGACAUUAGAUGGUGUUAACAACUGUACAGCAUAUCUGGAAUAAAAGAUGAAAUAUGUUAG